AUGGACGUUUUCGCUUGAGUUUUAUUUUCGGCGCUCAUAAAUGAAAGUAUCAAUAAAAUGUUCAUAUAAGCCUAAGUUUUCCAUAACUGCCCUGAAAUAGAAAAUGGUAACGAUUGUUGACGAUUUAGAUUCAUUAUCUUUGCAAGAGCCAGUGUUUAAGGAUGUCAAGUACUACCUCUCUGGCGAUGUCUCGGAAAGGAUUAUGCAGUUGCUUCAGUCAGGGGGGGCGGAAAACACAAAGUAUUUCUCAGACUAUGUCACUCAUCUAAUUUGUGGACAUAAUGCCGUUGAUACAGACCUCGACGAUGCCCAGGACAUCUACCAAAUUCCUGCAGUGACGGAAAACUGGGUCCUCGCGUGCGCCCGUCUCAAGAAGCUUGCUAACCCAAAGCCUUACUUCCCCAAUAAGAAUAAGAUAUUCUCGAAUGUUAAUGUUUGCGUGUCUAAAGUGAGCCCUGCUGAUGCCAAAGCGUUGUUUGCACUCAUAACUUAUCAUGGUGGAAAAGUGAGGUUGACCUUGAACACAAAUUGCACUCACUUGAUUUGUGGUUCUGCCUCAGGGAGGAAAUACAGUGCUGCCUUGUCUUGUCCUAAAAUAAAAAUUGUAACCCCAGAUUGGGUGGUAGAGAGCAUAUUAGCAAGAAUACAAGCUGUAACUGAAGUGUUCCACCCAAAGCUGCUUGUAGUCCCUCAGCCUCCGCCAAAGCCAAUGGAUCGUAUCAGUGCGAUCACAGGGUUUGAUUUUGAAGAAGGCAUUGCUAAAAACGAGGUACCCACACAAAAUAUGGCUGAGAACAAGGAUGAGACGCAAGCUCUUCUCGACAAGUUAAAACAAAGAAUGCCCUGGAAUCAUCCCCCUUCAUCAGCAAAUUCAUCUGCCCCACCAACUUCUAGUGUUAAUUCUAUGGGCUAUAGUAACGCAAUGUCCACUUCCAGUAUCAUAAGUAAGUCUAUACCUCAGGGUAUUGUUACCCAGAAUUUGCAAAUACAAGGCAGUCAGGCAAAUACACAAUUUAUUCAAAAACUUGGACAAAGUUCUAUUGUAACUCAGGCUGGGAUGAAUGUCCAAAAUCAACAAGUCAAUUUACAACAGCAAAACUACAGCCAGCAGAGCCAGCAAGCGCAGCAGCAACAACCACAUGGGCUAUCUGCAAUACAAAUACAACAACAGAAGUUACUGCAACAACACCAAAUGAAUCAGAGAAUGCAAAUGCUGCAACAAAAGAUUGGCAAUCAGCAGAGCCAGCAAGGAUUCUCACAACCCAAUGUCUCUGCUGCUCAAAUAACUCAAAACAUUAUACAGCAGCAUAUACAGAGCAACCAGCAUCACAUUCAGCAGUCGCAGAACAUCAGUCAGAGCCCUAACACAUCUAUGACCUCAGCUCAGCAGCAAAUUGAGAAUAUCAGCCAGAUGUUGAGUCAAAGUGCUAACAACUUGCAGCAGUCACAAUUGAACCAGCAAAAUAUGGUGAUGAAGCAAGGAUUAACCUUGAGUCAGCAGAGUGCAGUCCAGAAUAUUGCCCAACAACUGGCGCAGUCCACUCAAAAUCUUCAACAGAGCCUUCAAAAUGCUAAACUCAAUCAGAGUUUGGGUCAAAAUCAGGUAUUAAAUCAACAACAGCUUUUAAAUUCAGGGCAGCAAAUGUCUUCCCAACAAGGAUUACAACAACAAACUGUUCAGUCUCUGGCUAAUCAAAGACAAAGUAUCAAUAUGGGUGUUAUAAAUCAGCAGGGUCUGGUGACUUCACAAGCUCAGAGUGGGCAAGGCCAACUAGGUCAACUUGUGGGUAACACAACGCAGCAACAAUCAGUGAUUGGGCAACAGAUUCAGACAGUGCAGCAAACUUUGCAAAGUCAACAGGGUAACUCUGUCCCAGUUCAAGGCACUUGGCGACAGCAGAACAUUCAAAUGGUACAGAAUGUACAAGGGCAGCAUCAAAUAAUAAGAAGCCCACUUGUUCAGUCACGCAACUCGGCCAAUCAAGUUAUAUUGCAGCAACAAAUUAUGCAGACUCAGCAGCAAGCACUAAUCAACAAUCAGCAACCUCAACUCAGUCCACAGCAGCACUCUAUUCAACAACCCCAGCAAAUUCUCCAGCAAACAAUUGGUAACCAAGGGCAAACUCAUCAUCAAAUAUUAGUUCAAAAACAGCAACUAAUGAAUAGUAGCGGGCAACAGCAAAUUGUGCAACCACAGCAAGUUUUAAUAAAUCAGCACACAGGCCAACAACAAAUAUUGGUACACGGAAACCAACAAGUGACAUUGCAGGGUGGACAACAAAUUGUGUCUCAAAGUCAGAUUGUUCACCAAGGCGGACAAAUUGUGAACCAAGGUGGCCAGCAGAUUAUUACUCAGGGAGGACAGCAAGUCCUGUCACAGGGUGGCCAACAUGUGAUAACCCAACAGGGUCAGCAGCACCAAGUUGUUAUUGCUCAAUCGUCUCAGCAAAUAGUGGGUCAAUCUGGCCAACAACUGAUUGGUCAAAGUGUUGGCCAAAGUCAGCAAGUGUUGACGCAAGUACCUCAAUCCCCACAGCAAGGUUCUCAGCUAACUGGUGGAGGCAUUCAGCAAAUAAUUACACAUAGCGGAGGUCAACAGAUAGUGUCUCCGGGUGGUCAACAAAUAGUACAAGGUGGCCAGAAUGUGUCAUGGCAGCAACAGCAAUAUUUGCAGCAAAGACAGCAAAUCGGCCAGCCCGGUUCUGUUGGGCCAAGGGUGUUGCAGGUGUCGUGGACGGCCGGCAGUGGGGGCCGGCAGCUUAUACACCUGGACGCCGAGACUCAUGCACAGUUGCAGCAAAUGGACCCAAAGCAGCGUGCGAUGUUCGUCGCACAGCUGCAGAAACGCAGGCAACUGUCCAUGCAGAGAGCUGCAGCGAUUGCCCAGCAGCAACAAGGUGUAGUCACCGGGUCUCCGGGUGCACCUUCUCCAGCACCACAAAGUGUUACUUUCAUUCGAAGUCAGCUACCGCCGGGAUUGUCUCAGCAACAGCAGGUACAAUGGCUCCAACAGCAAGGCGCAAGGGCCACCGCAUUACCCACGGCUCAGUCAGUUCAGACACCACAAUCUCCUGUAGGUGGGGCCGUAGCGGGCAACGUCGGUUCUGUGGGAGGUGCCACAGCGGUGACUGGGAACGUGGAAACUCCUCUGCAGCAGCUACAGCGACAGCAGCAAUACCAGCGCUUGCAGCAGCUCCAAGCGCAGCGGGAUCACGCCGCUCAUCACCACGCUGCCGCUAAACAGGUUGCACCCGUCACGCAACACGUGGUAACUCCGCUGCAAGAGCAACAAGUGGAUGCUCUUCUAACGCCCACCACCCCAGAACAACAGCAAGCCGGCGCAAGUGCUCUGUUAGUGAACUCAAAGACGAAGACAGCUCUGGCUAACAUGCUGUCUAUUCGACUGCAGGGCGCCGCGCCGCCACCGGAUCACGAACCUUCGGCUGCCGGAACAUUGAGGCUUAUGACAGCGGCACACGCAGCGGGCGGUGCGGUUCGGGCGUCCACUCGGCUGCUACUGGGUCCAGCGCACCAUCCUCACCAAGUGCCCACGCCGGCGGGCAGCGCAGGGGUAGUGGGCAACAAAGUGUACGCGGGGGCAGUAAGGGCGGCACCCCCGCGCGCUCAGUUCUACGGACACAAUCCCAACCUCAAGUUGCCGCCUGAUCUGUUCCUUCUCGGAUGCGUUUUUCAUAUUGUGGAGUAUCAGCAGUCAGUCGGGGCGGAGCGCGUAUCCCGCUGGACGGAGGCGAUCGUGCGGCGCGGAGGGGAGGUGGAGAGCGGGUACUGCGCACGAGUUACGCAUGUGCUAUGCGAGACGCAACGACAUGGCGUUGUUAUGCAGGCAUUACGAGACGCUAAGCGCUGCGUGACUGCGUACUGGGUGGCGGAUACGCUUGAGCGGCGAUGCGUGUCACCGCCGUGGCACGCACUGCACCUGCCCGCACUGCACGCACGCACCGAGCGACCGGCGCAACACCACCGCGCCGCGCUCACGGGCUGGCGGCGUGACGAGCGACGCCGUCUCGCUUGCUGCCUGCGACAGAUCGGCACCAAGUUAACACCAUACAUGAGCCGAGACAACACAGUGCUGAUCUGCCGACGCGCUGAAGGCAACAAGUACAGGCGCGCGCGCGACUGGGGAAUCCCCUGUGUCAGCGCGGCUUGGCUCACUGACCUGCUUCUGGGCAACAUGACAGCUUUGGCUCAGAUCGAGAAUGCAAAAUAUCAACAGUUCAAUCUGCAACAUCCUUUCCGCAUGGACUAUAGCUUGGUUUCGCAUCUUAUGAACGCAUGGAAAAUGCCCAUCAACAUAACGCAAGAGUCACACGAGCGCGCGAAACGCAGUGCGGCGGCCGCGGGCGGGCGGCGCGCCAAGCGAGCGCGCCUCGACCCUCCCCCAUCGGCCCUGCAGCCCCCACCACAGCCACCCCCACUGCACUUGGCGCCGCGCGUGCUAUUCUCCGCCAUGCCGCCGCAAGAACAGAACCGCCUCGCAGCUAUUGUCAGACAACUCGGAGGUCUCGUUGUAACUUCUGCCGCUGAGGCAACACACCUUGUAAUGGAGAAGCUAGUCCGAACGUGUAAACUGGUGAGCUGCCUUGUCACCGUCAAGCACUUACUCUCUCCCGAGUGGAUCCUAGAGAGCCAACGCGCCAACAAGUUCGCCGACGAGGCCAAACACGGCCUCCGAGGCGAGGCCUUCAACAAAACUUUCAAGUGCGACGUGGACGAAGUCUUACUUUGCGGCGAGCAGAGGAAGAAACUUUUCGAAGGCAUCACGUUCUAUCUGACACCCUGUGUGAAACCCUCAAAGUCAAGCCUCACAGAAAUGAUCGAGCUGUGCGGGGGAAAAGUUGAGAAGAAUCGCAGAUCAUAUGUCUCAAUCCAGGAGUUGCACAGCCAAAAGCCGUACAGCUAUUUGGUUCUGACUGUUCCAAAUGAUCUGCAUCUAGUCUACUAUCUAUUACAAUCGGAAAAGACUUUAAACGUAGUUUGCAACACCGAAGUGGUCUUAUCAGCUAUACUGAGACAGAGGCUCGAAAUACAAGAGUUUCUCGUUAGAAUUGAUUAAAUAUUAAAUUUUAUAUAACAAUUUGGUGUUCAAUGAAGUUCAAUAUGUAUUUUAAUUUAUGGUAUCAAAACAAUGAAUUUAGAGUUGAAUAAACUUUUGGACGGAAGUGACCGCAAUUCGAAUAUAAAAUAUUCGCUAAAUUUCAAUAAAAAUUAGUGUCUUAUAUAUUAUGGAAUAAAAUUGUAAAAUGCAGAUGACAUAUUAUGUACAUUCCAUGUCAGUAAAAUGUUUCACAACUUAAAGGUAUUGUCAGUGAGUCCCUUAACGCAUUACUAACAUUUAAAAAUAAAAGCUGAUAUAGAUUAUGGGACAGUUUCAAAUAAAACCGCGUUAAUGAUUUCGUCAUCAAACUUAACUUCCUAUAGACAAAAUGAUCCUAAGGCUAAUUAAAUUCGGCGAAUUAUUUAUUUUCAUAUAAAAUUACUUGUAACUUAGCAAAAGUGUACCUAAUUAUAACUCAGCAAAAUUGUACCUACGCGGUGUAGCGUUUAUGAAACGGUAUGGGACUUUCAACGACGAUAUCAAUUUUAAACAAGGACAACUUUGCCUAAAGUGCGAUUUUAAUAUAGUCAAAUAGUUUUACAGUGACAAGUGUCACGAAGUAAAGCAAUACUAGUAUUCGAAGAGGGUGUGGGCAAUUUUGCGGGGGUGUAUGAAAAUGCGUUAGUAAUAUUAUAUCAGAAAUUAUUUCUUUUUAGUUUUCUGUACUCAGAUAAUAGUCAUAUGAAAUUUUAAUAUUAUAUAGCACACCCUAAAAAAUUGCUAACUUGCUCUGCAGCCAUAGUUAGUAAAUUUACAUUAGUUUUUAAUGCAUUUUUAAAGUCAGGGUAUUCGUUCACAAAUAAAUAAUUUAAAUGUAAGCAUUGUUGCAAACUUAUUUGCUUCUGAAACAGUUACAAUAACAGGUUUCAGUAACGUGAUGCCGAAACAGUUAUUUAAUACUUGUCUGAUACAUUGUUUACAUGAUUUACUUGUGCCUUAAAAUUUUACUUUUGUUUUUAUUUCGAAUCUCUAGAUAUUUUGUUAACAACUGUUCAUAUAUUUAUUGAAUGGGUACUUGUAGUAUUUCUGUGAAUUAUAAAUGUUAAGAAUAAAAAUAUAUUUUUAUUGUAAGUCAA